UAUGGAUUAUGAGCAAGUGAUGAAUGACAAAAAGUUGCGAGAGCAGCUAGAAGGAGGUGAAUCUAUAGUACUUACAAUGAAAGUGAUAAAAUUUACAGGUUAGAACAAAAAGCUAUCUAGAGUUAUUGUAAAAAUGUCAUAUAUUUAAAAGGCAAUUACAAACAAGAAUGUUUAUAACAUUUCUCCAGCUGAAGAAAGUGCAGUGAAAAGCUUUUUUUAAAGUUUAGUGAACAAGUAAAAAAAUUAUAUAUUUUAUGCAGAUCAAGGAUAAAGAGAAAAAUACCAUUAUCAGCGAUAACUUCAAUUACAAUAUCAAAAAUAGUUAAGGAAUUCAUACUACAUAUACCUACUGAAUAUGAUCAACGAUAUCAAGUAGAUGAUUAGUAAGAAACAUUGAAUAUUAGUUAGAUUGUCAUUGAUUAUAUAAACAUUGUGCGAAGUAUAUGUAAAACACAAUCUAAAAAAAAUACGAUGUCACUUUAUCGAAGAAAUGAAUUUAAGUCAAUAUACAACAACAAAUUAUGAUGUUAAGAAAAGUAUUCGUAGAUAGCUACCAAAAUAAGUAGCAGAAAUGACUGUAGAUGAUGUGAAGAUUGCUAUGUAAGCAUAAAGAGGAAAUGUACAAACAAUUUAUUAAAAAUCUAACACUUAAGAGAUUAGUAUAGAAGAUUUUACAUUAAUUAAGAUGUUGGGUAGAGGAGCAUUUGGAAAAGUGAUGUUAUGUGAGAAGAAAGAUUCAAAAGAAAUAUUUGCUAUAAAGAGUUUACGUAAAGAGGAUAUUAUUUCAAGAGAUCACAUAGAAUAUCUAAAAACAGAAAGAAAAAUAUUAGAAUAAACAUAACAUCCAUUCCUUGUUUCUUUAGAAUAUGCAUUUAUAACAUAAGAGUGUGUAUAUUUUGUUAUGAAAUUCAUGAUGUAAGAAUAAAAAUAUAUAAAAUAGUGGAGGAGAAUUGUAUACUCAUUUAUAAAAGGUGAAUAAAUUCAAUGAAGAUUAUGCACUGUUUUAUUCAGCUUAAGUUCUGUUGGCUUUAGAAUAUUUACAUAAAUAAGGGAUUAUUUAUAGAGAUUUAAAACCAGAAAAUAUUUUGAUGGAUGAAAAAGGUUAUGUGGCUUUAACAGAUUAUGGAUUAGCUAAAUUUUUAUCAAAAGGAUAAGUAACAUAAUCAAUUGUUGGAACACCUGAAUAUUUAGCACCUGAAGUUAUUACUUAAUAAGGACAUGCAUUCACAGCUGAUUGGUGGUGUUUAGGAAUUCUUAUGUAAAUUAAUUCAUAAAAAUUUAGUUUUGAAAUGUUAUGUGGAAGAACUCCAUUCUUUUCAGAAAACAGAAAUUAAAUGUUUAGAAAUAUAGUAGAAUCUGAAUUAAAAUUUCCAUCAACAAUUAACCUUUCAUUUGAUUGUAAGAAUUUGUUGACUGCUUUAUUAAAAAAGAAACCUAAUGAAAGAUUAGGAAACAAAGGUGAUGCUGAAGAAAUUAAAAAACAUCCUUGGUUUAAAAAAAUGGAUUUCUAAAGACUUCUCCAAAAAGAAGUAAAUAUCAUUUUAAUAAAAAGAUUUAAGCUCCAAUUAUACCUGAUUUAUAAUCAGCUACAGAUUUAUCUAAUUUCAAUCCAUAAAUUAUAGAUGAAAGUAAUUUAUUAAUUUUUAAUAUUUAGAAAUUGAUGAUGAUCAAAAUCAAACUAAAAAUACCUAAGCACUUAAGAAAUUUGAUCAAGAAUUUUAUGGACUUAAUUACAAAAAAGAAUGA